AUGUCUGAAAGCAGCGUAUUCACAAAGCUGGGAACCGUGGCGCCCGAUGAGAAAUGGGUUGACGUGACCGACCAGAAACGCCCGGGUCCCAGUGAUGAUGCCUAUUACGGGAUUUCUCGACUCUCCGACGGCCAAGGCAACUACACACCAGCCGGCAGUACUGGCGGAGAGCCGGCCAGGCCAGGCUCCGCUGCCGCCGGGGUCAGUGAUGAGGCCGGCUCGGCGGACUCGGCCGGUGAGCAGGUCAACUUCUACCAGCAGCGACUGCCGCUGAGGCGAGCCGGCUUCUUUCUGGCCGUCAAGGACGCCGGCUCCUGUUCCACCAUACAGCGCAUCCAAAUAACCUACCUGGCCUGCUCCGAGUUGCGUCAGUACUUCAUUCUGUAUCCGCGCACAGUGACCGGUCGUCAGGUCUACGACAUCCGCACCGUCGAAGGACGUUGUCUGCCGGGUGCGAGCCUACGCGCCGGCGCCAAAGCACCUCAGCGCAUCUGCCAGGCCAACGGUCACUGGAACAGUCGCAACAGUCCGGGCCUCGAGCCGCCGCGAGGAGAAGAGGCUGGAGGCAGAAGACAGGCGGCAAGUCGCCGAGUCGAGGCUCGUCGACAUGCUACAGAUCUGAGAGCCGGUGAAGGAGGCGAGCGCGAGGCUGGCAGAACGGUGGCUGAGGCGAAAGUGGGAAAAGGAGCUGGAAUCGCGCCACGACAUGAACCUGGGCACGAUGAAGCGCUCGCCUGUCAGUGUCUUCCAGGCUAUGGUUCACUGAGAGAUGCACGUGGUAUUGGUGUGGCCUGUCAGGGUGAGAAUCGAAAGUCAUAA